AUGUUUGGUGUUCAGUUUAACGGCGACAGAGCUGGGCAGGUUAUCAUGCUGGAAGACAAAAUAAUGGGGGGUAGCGCAAAGGAACAGCGACAGAUCGUGUACUUGGUUGAUGGCAUUCAAGUGGCGUUACCUCACCCCAAUGAUGCUCAGAUGACGCACUGGACUAGUCUCAAUAUUGUGACGGAAUUCAUUGUAUUCAAACAUCGCAACAUAGAAAUGGCUUAG